CAUGUAAAGUUUAAAUACUGUAAGCACAAGGUGGGAGCACUCGCCAGUCCCUAGUCAGGCUGCCCUUCAGACCGUCUGCCUCCUUCACCACCUGCUUGCCUGCCUGACCAUGCUGCGCGUGUACUGCCUCCUCCUGGGGCUGGUGGCGGCCGUCCAAGGUGCGUGCCCUGCCCCCUUUGUGGAGGUGGGAGAAGGCUGCUACUACUUUUCCUAUAAAGAUGACCUGAAGAUGAACUGGAUGGAGGCACGCACACACUGCCAGUCCCUCGCGAGCAGGGCUGACCUGGCCGUGCUCAACUACAUGUGCUUCGAUUACAACCACGUGGCUAAUUACAUCAUCAUGGAAGACAUCCACACGACCAUGGAGCCUAUGUACAUCGGAGCUGACGGGUACGACGCCUCCUGGUUUUGGGUUGACGACCGUGCCCUUAGCCCCAACUCUAUUUACUGGUUCGAGAAACAGCCGACUGUGGAGCCCGGCUGUGUUUUCCUGCUUCCGGCAAAGCCACACACCUACAAGAAGGUCUUCCUAAGCAAGGAUGUCUGCACCGCCACGAGGUACUUCAUCUGUCAGAACGAGGUCCACGCCUUCUGAUCGAGUGCAAUGUUGCGUGCGAUGUAAGUCUUGGUGGCACAAUACAUGGUUGGUUGUG